GUAUUUCCGUUUUGAAUUAUGUAUUGUCACGAGUUCUUGGUCACGUCACUUUGAAUCUAAAAAUUAUCAAUGAAUUGACGAACACGUUCACUUCACUUGGACAUUUCGCACUUCACUAGGAUUGAGGCCAUCGCCAAAAAACGAAAACCCUGUGACGUUGGUCGCUAAUUCCUUGAUCAAACUGUGCAUUUUGGUUACUAAAAGACUAAACAACAGGCCUGAUGGAGUGAACGGAGCUAACUUGUAAAAGUUUAUUAAUACUGCUUUGAGCUAGUUCGGGAUUCUUUGAUAAGCUAAAGGUCUUCGUCUGAAGUCACAGAUGACCCGAAAAAGAAAAAGAUGACAUAGAAUUUAAGUGUCCCGGGUUAAAAUGCCCGUCGAGGAAAAGCAUCGAUCGAAAGGAGAAAGUCAAGAUUCUGGUGAUAACCAUGAAAGAGAAUCAAAAGAUCUAUCAAGACUGUUAGAGCUGAUUAACACCCCUGCUAGCAAACAACAGCUCCCCUCUAUAUCAUGGGUGGCUGAUGAAAACCAGAAUGCUGUUACCGGUAGCGUCAUCCCUACAUGCCACCACCAGUCCACAGAAUCUCUAGCUUUGGAAAGAUUUAGUUCCAGAUAUCAGAAUGUGAGAAACUUCACAGGGCAUCCCCAGCAUGUACUCUUGAGUCAGGUGUUUACAUCUCUUGUCAAGAACAGAGUGUGUUGUCUAGAAUGGACAACCCGAGCCCCACCCGAGAACAUCUUACGAGUACUGAUAUGUCUGCGAAUGCUGAUGAGAGACUCGGCAUACCAGGCCGAUUUUUUUAAUCUUGGAGGAGUAAAGAUCCUAUCUGAGAGGCUUCAGUCGCUGACCGAGAACUACUUGGAAACAGGAGAAGAGCCGUUCACAGUGGAUAUCCUCAAAGAGAUGACAAGUAUUUGCCAGAAGCUCACAACGGACGUAAAACAGCGAGAGUGGAUGGUGGCAUGUGGAACACAUAAGGCAUUGGUCCUAUUACUAAGUGCCAAUGACGUCAUCGUAUUACACUGUUCACUCUACGCCCUGAUUGGUCUAGCGCAGAGUGAGAAAACUCGUGCUGUUAUUGGAGAGCUCAACUGUACUGAGACUCUGCUGAGAAUACUUCAGGACUACGACGUGCUAUCAAAAACAUUGUCUGCUAACCUAUUACGCAUCCUAUGUGCCGAUAGUAGCAUCAGAGAACAGGUCAAGGUUUUUGAAGGGAUCCCUAUUUGCCUGAGCUUGUUACAUUACGAUAACCUUAAAUUACUUUGGAAUCUGGUUUGGAUCAUUGUUCAGCUGGCUGAAGAUCCAGAUUCGAGUAACGACGUUCGUCUUUUGGGUGGGAUACCUCUACUUCUAGCUCUCCUACAGGAAUGCCGUGAUCGUAAAAGCACCACUGAUAGUGGCUACUUUAGUAAUGGCGAAAUGCGCUCUUCGGCGAGUAGUGAAACCACGAAUGAAAUGGAACCAUUUGAAGAGCAGAUUUCACUUAAAUGUGCUGUGUGCGCCGCCCUGACCGAGCUUGUGUUGAAUGACACGAAUGGACAACAGAUUGUACAGCAUAAUGGCGUCUAUCUACUGGGGGUCCUGAUUCUACCACAGCAGCGAGAGACUGGGGACGAGGCAGCAGCCGUAGACAACCUGCAGAAAAGUGCAUUUCGCGCGUUGAGGUUUUUGUUCAGCAUGGAACGUAACAGACAGCUUUUUAAAAGGGUGUUCCCUCCAAAGCUGUUCGAGAAAUUUAUCGAUGUGGGACAUUAUGUGCGCGAUCUAAACGCAUACAAAGGACUUGUUGAACAAGUCAACCAUUUACCCGAAGAAGACAUUGAUAUUAUCCGUAAUAAUAUAUUGGCCAUCAAUCAGAAUAAGUCAGCCACUCAUCUUAUUGGUUCAUACGAAGUGCUAGAGUUGCUUGGAUCUGGCGCAUUUGGCAGUGUAUACAAGGUCCGAAAGAGACAUAGUGGACAAUCCUUUCUUGCAAUGAAAGAGAUCUCUAUUCAUAGUCUGGGGAAUACGGCAAAGGAUCGUGGCACAAGCGUAGGCGAGAUCGUCAAUGAGACAACCAUCAUGAGGGAGCAGCUUAGACAUCCCAAUAUUGUGAGAUAUUUCAAGGCUUUUGAAGAAAAGGAAAAGCUCUACAUCAUCAUGGAGCUGGUGGAGGGCGCCCCUCUUGGAGAACACUUCAAUUCGCUCAAAGAAAAAGGAACUCGAUUCUCCGAGGAGAGAAUAUGGCACAUAUUUAUACAGAUCGUUCUUGGCCUUCGCUACAUUCACAAGGAGAAGCACAUUGUCCAUCGCGAUUUGACUCCAAACAACAUUAUGCUGGGAGAGAAUGACAAAGUUACCAUAACUGAUUUCGGGCUAGCAAAGCAAAAGAAUCCUGAUGCUAGCAAAAUGACCUCUGUUGUAGGAACCAUUCUCUAUUCUUGCCCGGAGGUGGUACAGAGCCAGCCCUAUGGCGAGAAAGCGGACGUAUGGGCAGCAGGAUGUAUACUCUACCAGAUGGCGACCCUCCAGCCGCCCUUCUACUCAUCCAACAUGCUGGCGCUCGCCACUAAGAUUGUCGAGGCCAGCUAUGCGCCAAUUCCAAGUGGACUGUACUCUGAUAAAGUCGCUGAAACGGUCCAUAGGUGUCUCCAAGCAAAACCUGAAGAUAGACCAGAUAUUGUGCAGGUGGCUGGCGGAAUUAGCGAGAUCAUGCUUACUUACGUGGAUAAGCUAAGAGCUUACGAAAUUGGACUGGAGAAGAAGCUGGAAAGAGAGCGCAAACGAACACAAAGGCACUAUCUCGAGGCCACGCGUAACAUGCAGAACUACCACCGACUGUUCUGGGCAUCUCAGGAGCGAUACGACAAACUUGUCAAUUUAUCGAGUAGCGGAGGCGCCGUCGGCCUCAGAGGAGUAAACGCCGCAGAAAGUGACGCGGAUAGCGAGUCCAACGUGUCAUUAGCGAGUAGUGGGUGGUCUGACCGCAACGAGCCACUCAACGACCUUCAAACUUAUAAUUCGACGAGUAGUUCCAGUAAACAGAACGGAUCCACGUCACCCGUAUUAUCCACGGCGCGGCGAGUUAAAAAAGAACUGACCCCUUUAAAAAAUACUGCGGGAGAUAAAACAAAGGGAUCUCCCGAGAAAGUGAGGACUAAAUCAGAAAAAGGGAGUUCGCAGGUGGAAUUUGCUGUUCCCAAGCCCCCUGGUCCGCGCAAAGGUGCGCGGAGACUCCUCAAUCUUGACUCACUACCUGCGAACAAGGCGGGCUCUACAGGCACGCUGAACUCGUCUGGACCGCGGUCGCCGGUGGUAAAUUGUCCCAGCAGUGUAGAUAUCGCCGUUACAAGACGUACACAGAGCAGUUCUACAGUCGAGACGUAUCGGCGACAACAGUCCACCGGAGGUCACCUCAAAGCACGGCCACCCACUGCCGCGGCAACGCUCAGCAUCUCCCCGAGAAAGGUCCGACAAAUCAACGAUCCAAUCGCACAGAUCUUGAACCAGCUCCACAAGAUCAUCUUCAUUACGCAGCUUCCCCCCACGUUAUCACCGAAUCCCCAGAGACGAAUCGUAGAGCGCUUCAAACGCGCGUUGUUUGCACCACAAAGCAGCUCCUUCAACCUCAAGAGCGAAAUAAAAAAGGUCAUUGAAGGGUCGCAGGAGCUGGUCGACCUCAACGCAGGAUUUGGCGACAGCACGCAUACUCUUCUACAUAACUCCGCUGACAAGCUUGCAAGUGGAGGGGGCGUGGAAGCUGUUGAUGGGCAAGAUAUCGGGAUAACAUAUGAAAUGAUUCAGAAUAUGAUAGAGAAUGUUCUCAUGGAGAGCGGAUAUUAUGACGUGUCUCCAAAUGCAAGGAAUCGUUCAGUCCCUCUUGGGCCAAUCGGGACGAAUGGAGCGCACGGGGUACCCCCGAGCCUGACCAAGCGCAACUCCAGCAUUUAGCGUGCAAAUAAUUCUAAAUAAGUCAAGAAAUUUGAAUAAUAUAUACGUUAUUUUUAUACACAGAAGACCAGAGUGCAUAUCAUAAUUAGGAACAAUUUAUUAUUUUUAAAUUCAUUUAUUAAAAGUGUGUGAAUUUUUCUGGCUGCAUAAGAGUAGCAUAGGCACGGCUUUGAUAGUCUGUCUUGGAAAAAAGUGUGUGCAUCGCAAAUAAAAAGUGUGAAACAUGUUGA